AUGAAGGACCCCGUCGCUAGAACUGCUUCUCCCUACACUGAUCCCUCAGUUAAGGGCCCCCGCAGCAAGCUUCAAGCAUCUGGACGCUCCCUAGCCGCCAACAGCUCCGCCCAUGCAGUGCUCGUCAACUCCGUCAACAAGACCGGCCUCCAUCCCGGGGGUGUCGUCCCGCACCAUGAACACACCGAGCUAGAGGAGGAGCUCCACGAGAAGGCCCAUAUCGACUAUGACAGAGUCGCUAUUAUUCCCAACCCUUCGGUCCCUGCCCUCUACGAAGAUGCCUUGGUGUACGAGACUGGCACGGCCAUCACAUCUAGCGGUGCGCUGAGCGCAUAUUCCGGCAAGAAGACCGGUAGAUCACCGUCAGACAAACGCAUUGUCAAGGAACCGACAUCAGAAAACGACAUUUGGUGGGGACCCGUCAAUAAGCCCAUGGCCCCUGAAGUCUGGAAGAUCAACCGGGAGCGUGCAGUCGACUACCUCAACACGAGAAACCGUAUCUACGUGGUUGACGGGUAUGCGGGCUGGGAUGAGAAGUACCGGAUCAAAGUGCGCGUCGUCUGCGCGCGCGCCUACCAUGCCCUCUUCAUGCGCAACAUGCUCAUUCGGCCGCCGCGCGAGGAGCUGGAACACUUCCACCCCGAUUACACAAUCUACAAUGCCGGCUCUUUCCCCGCUAACCGCUACACCGAAGGCAUGACUUCCGGCACCUCGGUCGCCAUUAACUUCGCCGAGAAGGAGAUGGUCAUCCUUGGCACCGAGUAUGCUGGCGAGAUGAAGAAGGGCAUCUUCACAGUUAUGUUCUACGAGGGCCCUAUCAAGCACAAUAUCCUGACCCUGCACUCGUCGGCCAAUGAGGGCAAGAACGGCGAUGUCACUCUCUUCUUCGGCCUCUCGGGCACCGGCAAGACGACACUCUCCGCGGACCCCAACCGCGCGCUGAUUGGCGAUGACGAGCAUUGCUGGAGUGACCGCGGCGUCUUCAACAUCGAGGGCGGCUGCUAUGCGAAGACGAUCGGCCUGUCAGCCGAGAAGGAGCCAGAUAUCUUCAACGCCAUCCGCUUCGGCUCCGUGCUUGAGAACGUCAUCUUCGACCAGGACACGCGUGAAGUCGACUACGACGAUGCGACUCUGACCGAGAACACGCGGUGCGCGUAUCCGAUCGAGUACAUCAGCAACGCCAAGAUCCCGUGUAUGUCCAACAACCACCCGUCCAACAUCAUCCUCCUCACCUGCGACGCUAGGGGCGUCCUCCCGCCCAUCUCCAAGCUCAACGGGGCGCAGACCAUGUUCCACUUCAUCAGCGGCUACACCUCCAAGAUGGCCGGCACGGAGGAUGGCGUGCUCGAGCCGCAGGCGACCUUCUCGUCAUGCUUCGCCCAGCCCUUCCUGGCGCUGCACCCGAUGCGCUACGCCAAGAUGCUGGCCGACAAGAUCCAGGAGCACAAUGCCAACGCCUGGCUGCUCAACACGGGCUGGGUCGGCGCCGGCUUCUCCCAGGGCGGCAAGCGCUGCCCGCUCAAGUACACGCGCGCCAUCCUCGACGCCAUCCACUCGGGCGAGCUUGCAAAGGUCGAGUACGAAAACUACGAGGUCUUCAAUCUCCAGGUGCCCAAGUCGUGCCCUGGCGUGCCAUCUGAGCUGCUCAACCCCAAGACGGCCUGGACCGCGGGGUCCGACAGCUUCGACCGCGAGGUCAAGAAGCUGGGCGCUCUGUUCUUGGAGAACUUCAAGAAGUACGAGAGCGAGGCGACCGAAGAUGUGAUUAAGGCUGGUCCGGUUGUUUGA